AUGGACCAUGAUAAAGGGAAGAUUAUAAAGUCUGGUUUAAGGAUCUUUAAUAUAGCGGAGAUCAUAAAUUGCCUGCUGCGAGACGUGCAUGAAACUUCGUAUAAGAAAUCCAGGGAUGAGGAGCAGUAUGUCGGACGGCCGUCGGAUUACAUUAAGCAAUUGUCGAUGGCCACGGAGGAAAGAACGCAGUACAUUAUUAAAUGGAGCAACAGGCUCAAUUUACCGUUCUGCACGAGAUUUGAAGGUUGCAACUUCGAAGUGAAUCCUACCAUCGUCAUAUUUCAACAGUUCGCAGCUGGUUCCUCACUGUCCGUGAUCGUCACAAUUCGAAACUCGACUUCGAUACCGAAAUACUUGAGAAGCUCCAACGAGCCCGAUCCUUUCUUCUCCGUGGAAGCCUGCGGAUGCAAUUACUCGAUGAUGGUCGCGCCGGGUCUCUCCGUUAUGUACAGAGUGAAAUUCACCCCGGAGAUGACGCGAGAUUAUCAUUACGAACUAAAGUUCACUACUGACAGCGGAGAGUUCACUGUACCGGUGAUAGCGAUUGGACCGAGAGGGAUGUUAGAUUUUCCUGAUAAGAUCGAGGUGCCACUUACGGCGGUCAAAAUCCCGUCGCUGAAAACUUUAUUUGUGAGGAACGUGGGAAACGCUUCAACUACUUUCACCGUCUACACCGACAAUGCCUGUUUCUGGAUCGAGCCUGCGAAAGGGACGAUAGAAGAGGAGGAGACUCUACAGUUCACCGUUUACUUUUUAUCGAGGAAAGCCGGGGAGUUCGAGGCUAAUCUUUUUCUCGAAUACGACACGGGUGAAAAACUACGAGUGAAGGUCCGAGGCUCCGCAGAGAAUUGUCCCAUUCGGAUCGACAGAGGGACCGUAAGAAUGGAAGAUACUUUCCUGGGUCUCUCCAGAAGCAAAACUAUCACUAUUCACAACAGAAGCAAUUUCAUCGUCAAGUACAAGUGGAUGCAAUACGAGAGCGCCGAGGUGGACAACGAGCGAAGAGAAUUAUACAAAACAUUGUACCACUCGGCAUAUGAAUACGAGGUUCCUCGCUGCGUGGAUUUCGAACAUUACAACGUAUGCACCCCGGAUAUUCAUCAACUAGUGUAUCAGCGGAUCUACGCGGACGAAUUAGAGUCACUGACCAACCAGACGUUCCACUACAAUCAUAUCUGCUUCAUGUUCACGCCUGAGGAAUCAGAGAUUUGGCCGCAAUCGUCUACCGAAGUCGUCGUUUUAUUUCGUGCCCUCGAAAUGGGCGAGCUGUGCAGCACUGCCUAUUUGGAAGUGACUGGUCGUGAGGACAGAAUACCGUUGACUCUUUACGGUACGGGCAAAGGACCGGUUCUCCAGUUAAACGUGCUCACGAUCAAUCUCGAGAAUAUUUAUAUGUGCUCCACCCACAAUUACGAGGUAAUAGCGGUGAACAAGAGCCACAUUCCCGGGACGCUGGUUUACCGCGCGAAGGCGACCGAUUUCGGUGGCACGCUUGACGUGACGCCUCGCAGCCUCCAUUUGUGUCCCGGCGAGCACAAAUCCUUCAAUUUAUCGUUUUCGUCGAAUCGCAAAGGCGACUUCGUCGAGAGGGUCGAUUUCGUAGUGAAGGAGAGCCUCGAGGUGCUCAGCCUGCAUAUCAAAGGAUGCAUUACGUGUCCGACGUUGCACUUUGACAAGGAGAGCCUCGAUUUUGGGACGACGGCCCUCGGAUUCCGAACUAGGCAAGACGUGUACCUGCACAAUUUGGCGUUGAUUCCGGUGGCGUACACCAUAACCGUGCUCGAGGAUGGGGAUCAGCGUCCUUUGGGUCACGAAGACUUUGCGAGGGCUCAAACGAAGCCCGGUUUCCCGAGCAACCCCCGUGAAUUUCAAAUCAUCCCCGAGGAGGGAGUAGUCGUCGGUGGCGGAGCGCAAAGAAUAAAAGUAAUUUACACAGCGAAUAUCGCUCGCGCCGGCCAGACGACUAUUCAAGUCGAUAUGUGGGACACCGAUACGAAUCCUGUCACGUUGCCAGUGAAAUUUUGCGGCAGCGUGGCUUCGCUAUCCAUCGUACCAUCGGAGAUCGCUAUCCGGUUCUGCUUUGUCAAUUUCCCUUACUCGAGAUCCUUCGCCGUUGAAAAUAAAUCCGACUUGGACGCAUACUUCUAUCUCGUUCCACAACAAGUUUCGGAGGAUUCGGAGGUAGUUUGUUCGCUCUCCAAGUACCAAGGAUACGUGAAGCCUCGUCAAUCGCGGACCAUCGACGUGAGCAUUAUCACGAGGGUCCUGGGCAAUCAAAGAGUCUGCUUGAAUAUGUUAACUAUGGGAGAACAAUCUCCGGCUUUAUCGUCCGUGAUCAUCACGUGCAACGGGCAAGGGGCGGUGGUCUCGGUGGAACCGAAUUCCUUGAACUUUGGAGAUGUCAAGCUUCUCGAAGAAAAGACGAUGGAAUUGCAAGUGAUCAACGAUUCGCCCAUCCCCACUCAAUUCACCGCGGCGAUGAGUAAACCGAAUUCACCGUGGAGCGUGAGUCCGAGGUCCGGCGAUCUCGAGCCCCAGGGUUCGAUGCCAAUCACCGUCAAGGUGUUCCUCGUCGACGUUGGGAAAUACAAGGAGAACCUCGUACUUUCCGUAAUUAAUAGCCGAAGUAUCUCGGUCGAGCUGAGGGUCACUGGCUACGGGUGCAGCGUCGUUUUCGAACCGCAGAUAUUCCCCACUUUCGAUUGGGGCCUCCUGUUCAGCCAUCAAGAAAUAGAACGGACGAUCACCAUGACAAAUCGGGGCACGCGACAGUAUCAGAUGAUCUUUUCGAACGAACCGGAGAUACGAUUUUAUCGUGGCCAAGUCACAAUGUCCGAAACCACCAAGUUUCAAAUACACCCGCGGAUGGUCGAAAUUUCACCGGGAACGACGAAGCAAGUCUUUUGCAAACUGUUUUGGAAGAAAAACGAAAGUUUGUUCGAGGACUGGUACGUCUUCGGUCAAAUGCAGGGCGGAGGGAAGCGGGAGAGGGUAGACAAGUCCUCUUUCACAAUCACCCUGACGGAGCCGCAAAUUUUAUUCAGCAGGCGCGAGCUCACUUUUCGCGUGGAUAUUUGCCCCGCGGGCGAUAAGUUGCAGCAGAUUGAUGAAUUGCUAGUGACCAACCAGUCGAAGUUGGACUUGAACGUCCAACUUUCUGUCAAACCACCUUUCUGUCUGAUAACCAGCGCGGAGGAACACGUACAGAAAAUGAACGUUGUUCUGAUCGACGGGGCUACAACCAAGAUCCGAGUUUUCUUCUCCAUCGAUUACGGGACCGCGAAUCGUUACUCGAAACGCUACAUUGGCCUGCUCCGAUUAGAAUACCAGGAACAUCCUAAUCAAGAUAAGAUCACGUGCAAGGGUUACGUGAAUUUUCCUAAUAUCAACAUAGAACCGCGGAAUAUUGUAAUCGACUGCGAGCUGGGCUCGAGCGCUGAAAAAGUGUUAACUCUGACCAACGACGGGCCCGUGUCCGUCGUGUAUAAAUUCCAGUGGCUCGCCGAUACCAUCGAGAUUGAACGUGACACGACUACCGAACUCGAGUGUGGAUGUUUGCCAGAGGAAGAGAAAUUGAAGGUAGGGACACCUGAGAUUCACGAGGACUCGGUCGAGACGGAGAUGAACGAAGAGAUCUGCAUGAACAACGACGUGCAAGACGGAAGCGGAGACGGCCCAUUGAAAACGAUACCGCCACCCGUAAAUUGUAACUACACUGCGACCAACGUCCCCCAUCGUAUUUCACUUGGGAAUUCGGUUGCAGCACCCGUUUCGGAGACGCACAGGCACAAGCCAGAACUGUUAGACGAGAACAUCGGAACGAACGGCUAUCAAGUGUCCAACCAGGAGAUCAGAGAGUUGCUCAUGUCGAUUAUCGGGUCGUAUUUUAAGAAGGACGAGGAUCUGGUCGUUUUAGAAUCGUUGCGACCUGAUCCUCCGAAGAAUUAUUUCAUCAACGAAGUACUUCAGAUCGUCCCGAACGAGGGAACGGUACUCCCGUACACCGUGCAACGGGUGCACGUAGGAUUUCACGGCUUCGAACGACUUCAAAUAAAAGCCAGAAUCGUUUGCGAAGUUCUUCGCGGACCUACCGAGCUCGUGAAUCUGCUGGCACGCGCAGACGCCGUGCGAUUCGAGACUGACACGAACAUUAUCGAUUUUGGUCAACAAAUGUUCUUAGAGUUGAAUCGCAAAAGCUUCGUCUUAAGGAAUCGCUGCGGAAUCGCGUUCGAGUAUAAGAUAAUAACUACGGAUCUGUUGAUCGACGAGGCUGCGGAUCAAUUCGAUUUACAGCCGUUGAAAGUCGAGCCUAACUGCGGCUUCGUGGAACCUGAGGGAAUCGUGGAAUUUCACGUGGAUCAUCUCCCGACGGUCCUUGGAUCCAUCGAUCAUCAGAUUUAUUUGCAGAUAAGUCAUUUGAUGCCAGUGACGAUAAAAGUGGAAGCUUACAGCACAUUCCCGCAAGUUUAUCUGUCCAUACCCCGGGGCAAACCGCCCCAGUAUUAUUCCGUCGAGUUGGAAUAUUUUGCCAUCCAGUGGUUAACCGAUGAUUAUUUGCUUAACGUGAACAAACCGGAUGGAAGAAAAUGGGAUGAUCUACUCGUAACAGACUUGGCGAUUCUGGAAGCUGAGGGUUGGUGCAUUAUUCCAUCCGAGGAGGAGACGUUUCUACGAGUCAUUGACAUCGACAUGGCGGUGGAAAGACACUUGGCAAGGAAGUUCGUCGAUGCCAACUCGUACAUUUUAAUGCAGCGCUAUGCCACUCGCAAGAACGAACCGAUCCCUCAGCUUUUUUCAUUCGAGUACAUCAUCGAUAUGAGAUACGUGAUCGUUGAGUGCACCGCUCAUUAUUCGACGAACCUAAUCAAUUACGGGCCAUGGAGCACGACCAUGAGAAUGAGGACGAUAGACAAGAAGAAUUUCCUGGAAAAGUCCGGUAUCACAGUGGAGUUCAAGAAACACUCCAAGCUACUCGUCGGGGAUUCCGCGGUGCUUCAAGUCACCUGGAACCCGACGCGCGACAGAUUCACCGAGAAGAGCACGGAAGUGAAACACACGAUCCACAUAGAGGUCGCCAAUGGAUGUACGAUUCCCGUCACUAUAAAAGGGAUUGUGACCUAUCCGAACGUGUCGAUGAAUACGAAAUUUUUAGACUUCCAGGACGUCGUCGUGGGAGAAUGCCUGGUCCUCUGCUUUCUUAUAAAGAACGAGUAA